GGCGGCCAUUCGUCAGUCAUCAGUCGGCGGGAGAACGAGUCGCACCCCACUCCGGACCGUCUCCGAGGCCUUUGUUUUUAGAGGAUCACUAGUCUGCAAACGACGGUAGCGAGUCAUGGGUCGUGUCCGUGAGGAGGAGGUGCAGGGAAGCAGCAGAGCUCCCAUCAGACCCCGACUUUGGGCACAGUUCUUGGCCACUCUGGGAGCCUCGAUGGCCGUCGGUGGGUGGGCCGUCGGCAUCGGAAUCGGCAGUCUCUGCGUGGACCAGCUGUCUCGGGGAAUCGGAGGAUUCGUCCUCACCGAGGAGCAGCAAGUGUGGAUUGUGACGUCGAACUACAUCGGUACGGUGGCCGGCUCGGCGGUGGCCGGGAAGCUGUCGAAGCGGUUCGGAGCGCGCAACACCAUGCUCUGGUGCUGCGUGCCCGCCGUGGCCGGCUUCAUCGUCACGGCCUUCGCCAAGUGCUACAACACACUGCUCAUCGGACGCCUGAUAGUCGGCCUCUUCUCCGGACCGGCCUUCGUGCUGCACGUGUUCUACAUCAGCGCCGUGGCCUCGCCUCAGUACCGGGGCUUCCUGGCACUGCUGCCCGACAUCGUCUACAUGGUGUACGUCAUCCUGAGCCUGGUUCUCGGAGUCUACUUCCCCUGGUGGUGGGCGGCGAUCAUCAGUGCAGCGCUGUUCGCCCUACCCACGGCCGUGGCACUCCUGAUAGCUCCGUCAGAUCCUGUAUACCUGCUGCGCACUGGUCGGCUCAGCGAGGCCAAGAAGGCUGCUAAGUUCUUCGGAGUACCACUUCCAGACCUGGCGCCGACCACCACAGAAGAGGGCGUGUCCCACAAGUCGACGUGGACGCUGGUGAAGCAGCCGCGCUACUACCGUCCGCUGCUGCUGUCGGCGGCGCUGCUGCUCGGCGUCGCCUUCUGCGGCUACAUGGCCGUGCUCAGCUACUCGCUCGUGUUUCUGCGCACACUCGGGUCGACGCUGGACGCCACCGUGGUCAGCGUGCUUCUCUGCGUCAUCCGCAUCGUGGCCGUCGGCCUGGUCUCCGUCCUCAUCGACCGACUGGGCCGGCGCGUGCUGCUGCUCUUCUCGGCUGCCGGCAUGACGGCCAGCUACCUAGCGCUGGCCGCCUACUUCUACAUCCCAUCGCUGGCUCAGUUCACGCACAUGCCGCUGCUGGCGCUCAUCCUGGCCAUCUCGUUCUUCUGCAUGGGCGUCGGCCCGGUGCCGUGGUGCGUCAUCGGCGAGAUCGUGCCGGCGCGUCUGAGCGACGCCGGCGGCGCGGCGCUGGUGCUCUUCUACAACAUAACCUCGCUGAUCGGCGUGCAGGUGUUCCCGCCGUUGCUGGCGGCGCUGGGCAUAGGCGGUGUGUUCGCGGCGCACGCGGGCGUCACGGGCGCCAUCCUGCUGCUGGUGGCGGCCGCCGUGCCGGAGACGCGCGGCCUGAGCCUGCAGCAGAUCGAGGAGCUGUUCGAGGACAAGGACGAGGAGUACACGCUGGUGACGGCCGUGGGCACCCCAGUCGGGUACAGCACUUUUAGCGAAAGCUAGCAACUUUCGAGACAUACCUUGGCCUUUAGCUGAUAUUGCUAUCCAAAAGACAGUGUUUGUGGGAAGGGUGUUUCACCCUUCCGUGUUUUAUAUUUGUGAUGUAUGGGAGCCGUUGUCGAUUUUGUAAAUCCUGCUUUGAUGAAUUUUAUGAGCUGGUUGUUUAAGUGAAAUGAUAGUGGCUUCCUGUUGCGUGAUAUUUUUGACGUGAUGCUCACCUUGCAUACAUCCCAUAUCAUCCUCGUUUUUGUAACAUAUUGUUAUUGUCGUGCAUGUCCUGCACCUUUGUUGAGAUCCGCUGAAUGUCAUUUUGUGUCAUGACGCGUGGUUUCUGGAUUUGUUUAUGUGUCACAAGUGAAAAUAAAUAUAUGCAAUGCAUAGAACACAUACAAAAA